CUAUAGCUACCAAUCGUCUGCAAGAUUAUUGGAAGACGUCAAGGCUAUUUGGCAUUCCUUUCUUUGCAAAAUCUAUGAGCAGAGAUAGAUUUCUAUUGAUAAUGAGAUGCCUUCAUUUCGCUCGUAAUCCUGGAGAGGACGAUCGCCAGCCUGAAGACCGUCUAUUUAAAAUUAAACCCCUAAUUGUUUAUUUUAAUAAUAAAAUGGAAGAGAUCUAUUACACUGAUAAGAAUCUCUCCCUAGACCUGUGGCGUGGAAGACUGUCUUUCCGUCAAUACAUAAAAAAUAAGAGACAUAAGUAUGGGAUAAAAUUAUAUGUAUUGACGGAACCUGACGGUACCAUUUUAAAGUUUGCUGUUUACACUGGACAGCUUCAUGAUUUUGGGGGCAAGGGUCAUGCUGCAAAUGUGGUCCUUCAUUUGAUGGAAGGGCUCCUUGAUGUUGGCCAAGCAGUUUACAUGGAUAGUUAUUAUAAUAGUUACGACCUUGCCACCAAAUUGCUGCGUCGCCAAACUUAUUAUACUUAUUUAUUGUUAUUUCAGUUGAGGUGAAAACGCAGAAACUAAAAAAAGGAGAAACUGUGUUUCGAUGCAGUGGGGAAGGGGUGGAUGAAAACAGAGUAGUGUUUACGAGAGACAUGUUUUUAGAUUAAUGAAACAAGAACAAGGUGAAAAAUUUGAAAAAUUUUUAGCAAGGUUACGACGACAAAGUUCAAAAUGUAAAUUUACUGAUGAAAAUCAAAAUCUUACUGAUCAAAUAACCGAGAAGUGCCUUUCUGCAGAAUUAAGAAAGAAAAUACUUUUAUUAGGAGACACAGUAACAGUAGAUAAAUUAAUAACUGAAGCAAAUGCCCUUGAAACCGUUGAAAGACAA